AUGUCAAUUCCAACUGCCCCUGCCUUGGGGCAUGUGGGCCCCAACCGGCUUCCCUCACUCACGCUGCCCGUCCAGCCCCUGGAGGCCUCCUGCGCGGCCCUCCUGACAGAGGACCUGGAGGUGGCCCAGAGGGUGAAGUGGCAGGAUGUCCACAACGUACUCGCAGAUGGUUCUGGAAAAAUAAUAAAAGAAGAGAAAAGGAGAGAGAGACACAAAAGCAGCCAAUUCCCGACAAGGUGGGACCCAAGGGAAGGGCGUACUGCUGUGCAGUGUGCUAUUUGUGUCAGCUUUUUAGUAGGUCUGGCAUUUUUUCAAAAUAAAAAGGGAGAGAGGAGAGGAGAGGAAGGAGAGCUGAACGAGCCUGCUCUUCCGGGGCCCCUUCCGGUCUUGAGUCUCGGGCCCGGUGUCAGUGUGCCAGCCACGGGCCGUGACGCCACGCCACAGACUGGGUGGCUCAAACAAUCACAAGCUGAUCUUCUCACACUUCUGAAGGCCGAAGGUCUAGACGUCAGCAGGUGUGGUUUCUUCCGAGGCCUCUCCUUGGCUUGCCAACAGCUUUCCUGGUGUGUCCUCACAGGUUCUCCCUCCGUGCAUGCGCCCACGUGUCUUUCUUCUAGAAGGACACCCGUUCGACCGCAUCGGGGCCCAUCCGAAGAGCAUGGUUUUAACUUCAUCCCCUCUGUAAAGGCUCAUCUCCAAAGACAAUCACGUUGGAAGUUUGAAGACGGGGACACUGAGGCAGCCAAGAGUUGGCUGAGCUGGGCAGAAGGAAAUGGUGGGGUCACUCAGUGGGGCCGAGGACCCUCCCAGGCCGCCGCAGCCGUCCCCACGCUGCCCACGACGCUGGGAGGGGCCGAGUUACCUGCUCCAGGUCACCUGCUCAGAAUCCAGAAUGGUGGCAUUGGGACAGGACUUCAGGAAUCAUCCAGUUUUCUCACCUGGGCUCACCCAGGGACCUGCUCUCCCCCAGUCCUAAGUGAUGGAUCUCCUGCAGACCUAGUUCAAUAG